GUCCAAAUGGAAGGGCAGGGGAUCAUGAAAAUAGUGGUCAAAUUUUUAGAGGUUUUAUUGAUUGACAGUCCAAGAAGCAAGCAUAACUGCCAAGAUUCGGUCUCUCAAACGAUGUCCUUGUGACUUGUGAGAAUCAUGACUCAGGAGAGCAGUAGCAAGACUCCAUAGAUGGAAUUUGGAGGCUCUGGCAUGAGUGACCGAGGUCCCAGAAGAGGAAGAAUGGGCCGGAGAAGGCUUGAAGAUGAUGAGGAGGACCCAGAGUUCAUAUCAAAGAACCUCCAUGCCGAGAGACGGAGGAGGCAGAAACUCAGUGACAGGCUCCUGACUCUGCGUUCAUCAAUGAACAAAGCAACAAUAAUUGAGGAUGCAAUUACUUACAUCCAAGAGCUGCAGAAGAGUUCACAGGUUCUCACUGAACAGCUACUCGAAAUGGAAGGAUCGUCUGAAGAGGGAGGAAAGCCAAUGGCAAAUGAAAUUGAUGCUGCAGAAGAUAUGAAGAAUUAUGGGAUCAAGGAAGACGUUAAUGUGACCAACAUUGACGGCAACAAGCUUCUGAUAAGAAUCAUCAUUGAGAAGAGAAGGGGUUGCUUCACUAAAUUGAUAGAAGCCAUGAAUUAUCUGGGCUUUGAGCUUUGUGAAACUAAUGUUACCACAUGUAAAGGAGCAAUGCUCUUUUCAUCCUGUGUACAGGGAUUAAAAGUUUUACCCGGCUUUUUGAGUUUCAUGGCUCGGAUUCAUCACCUUUGUAUUGUUUUAGCUGCCGGGUUUUUCAGCUUCAUUGUCAUGUUUCAAGCAACAGAUGGUUCCAGGCUCACUCCACCAGAAGCUGGGAUAGAUGCUGAUCCACCGGAUGUCAAAAUGAUAGCAGAGGGGCCAGUGAUUAGAGCCAUUGGAAAGCAUUCUUCACUUGAUAAGUCUGCAGCAGGCGGAGAUGUCAUCCUUGGAGGAUUUGUGAUGGCUGUGGUGGUGGCAGUUGUUUGCUACCUUCGCAUCACAAGAAAGAGCCAAGAGGCCUAUUCCUAGUUUCCAAAGCCCUUGCCAGCUUAGUAAUAGAAUUUUGGAACGUAAACUACUUACUGUCAUAUUGUUUAAGAUGGAGGAUGGAUUUUUUGUAGUUAGCAAGUUGCUUGAUAGAAAUUCUGAAAUUACACAACCUCAGAACAUGGUAAAGUAGUAGAAUACAUUUAUAUACAUGAUUACUUUAAAUUUUUAUGUUUCUGAUACAAUAAUUAGCAGUGUCCUACCAUUUUUGGAAGCCUCCCAAUUGAAAAUUCAUUCUGUAAACUAUGGGGCUCACGUAAUCAUGGUGUUGCUCUAUGUAUAUACUCAAGAGUUAUGCUUACAGUAAAAACUAAACCCUGAAAAGAUGAUUUACAUAUCAAAUAAUAGCAGCAAUUUUCCUUUACAUUUCAUGCGUGAUAUUGAAGAUCAAUGCCAAAAACCAGCGUCAGCAGGAGGAGAAUUUUCUGUUUUCUAGAUAAGAAGUGCUGCUAACUGACAC